AGGGGUGCAGGAGAGAGAGAGAGAGAGAGAGAAGAGGAUCGUCCAGAAAAAAUAGGGCAGGAGACCUGCAAAACUGCAUUGCAACUUGCAAUUCAAUGCACAGCGAAAGACCUUCCCAUGGGCAUAAUUAAACGUGGCGCACUGCGAUGGAGCUGUGUAAGAAACCACCUCCUCCUGAGGAGGAGCGCAGGGUGAGGGCAAACGCUCGCGAAUACAACGAGAAGUUCCAGUACGCAAACAACUGCAUCAAGACCUCGAAGUACAACGUCAUCACUUUCCUGCCUGUCAACCUCUUCGAGCAGUUCCAGGAGGUGGCCAACACCUAUUUCCUGUUCCUGUUAAUACUGCAGCUUAUCCCACAGAUUUCCUCGCUUUCCUGGUUCACCACCAUUGUGCCUUUGGUUCUUGUGUUGACCAUCACGGCUGUCAAAGACGCCACGGACGACUACUUCCGCCACAAGAGCGACAGGCAAGUGAACAACCGUCAGUCCCUGCUCCUCAUCAAUGGCACGCUCCAGAAGGACAAGUGGAUGCACGUGAGGGUGGGGGACAUCAUCAAGCUCGAGAACAACCAGUUUGUGGCGGCUGACCUGCUUCUGUUGUCCAGCAGUGAACCCCACGGUCUGUGUUACAUUGAGACAGCGGAACUGGAUGGGGAGACCAACAUGAAGGUGAGGCAGUCGCUGUCAGUCACGGCGGAACUGGGAGACACCAGCAAGCUGGCCAAGUUCGAUGGUGAGGUGAUCUGUGAGCCCCCCAACAACAAGCUGGACCGGUUCACGGGGACCCUGCACUGGAGGGAGAGCAAGAUCCCACUGGACAACCGCAACGUGCUGCUGCGCGGCUGCGUCCUGCGCAACACCGAGUGCUGCUUUGGGCUGGUUCUCUUCGCAGGCCCGGACACCAAGCUGAUGCAGAACAGUGGGCGCACCAAGUUCAAGAGGACGAGCAUCGAUCGCCUGAUGAACACCCUGGUUCUCUGGAUCUUCGGAUUUCUGGUCUGCAUGGGGAUCAUCCUCGCCAUUGGGAAUUCCAUCUGGGAGCACGAGGUGGGGAAUCUCUUCCAGAUCUACCUGCCCUGGGACCAGGGCGUGGACAGUGCCUUCUUCUCCGGCUUCCUUGCAUUCUGGUCGUACAUCAUCAUCCUCAACACAGUGGUCCCGAUCUCCCUGUACGUGAGUGUGGAGGUUAUCCGGCUGGGACACAGCUACUUCAUCAACUGGGACAAGAAGAUGUACUGCGUGCAGCGGGACACGGCUGCCGAGGCUCGGACCACCACCCUGAGCGAGGAGCUGGGCCAGAUCGAAUACAUCUUCUCCGACAAGACCGGGACCCUCACGCAGAACAUCAUGACCUUCAACAAGUGCUCCAUCGGCGGCAAGACCUACGGAGAUCUGAACGACCAGUUGGGACACAAACAUGACAUCAGGGAGAAGAGGCCGGCGGUGGACUUCUCGUUCAACGCACUGGCGGAUCCGGGCUUCAGCUUCCAGGACCCGGCACUGCUGGAGGCCGUCAAGCUGGGGGACGGCGAGGUGCAUGAGUUCCUCCGGCUGCUCGCCUUCUGCCACACGGUCAUGUCCGAGGACAAGGAGGACGGAGAGCUGUAUUACAAGGCGCAGUCCCCGGACGAGGGGGCGCUGGUCACCGCCGCGCGCAACUUCGGCUUUGUGUUCCGCUCGCGGACGCCCAGCACGGUGACAGUGCGGGAACUGGGCCGGGACGUCACCUACCAGCUGCUGGCCAUCCUGGACUUCAACAACAUCCGCAAACGCAUGUCCGUCAUUGUGAGGAACCCGAAGGGGAGGAUCCGGCUGUACUGCAAGGGUGCCGACACCAUCCUGUUCGAGCGACUACACAGCUCGAGUCGGCAGCUGAUGAACAUCACGGUGGAGCACCUCAACGAGUUUGCGAGCGACGGGCUGCGCACGCUGGUGCUGGCGUACAGGGACCUGGAGGAGUCGGCGUACCAGGUGUGGUCGGAGAGGCACAUGCGGGCGCGCGGCGCGGCGGAAAACCGCGAGGAGCGGCUGGCGGCCGUGUACGACGAGAUAGAGCAGGAGAUGACGCUUCUGGGAGCGACAGCCAUCGAGGACAAGCUGCAGGAAGGGGUCCCGGAGACGGUCGCCAUCCUCACACUCGCCAACAUCAAGAUCUGGGUGCUGACUGGAGACAAGCCUGAGACAGCAGUGAACAUCGGGUACUCCUGCAAGAUGUUGACGGAUGACCUGGCCGAGGUUUUCCUGCUCUCGGGACACACCGUUCACGAAGUCCGCGAGGAACUGCGGCAAGCCCGAGAGCGGAUGAGUGACUCCUUCCGGUCCAUCAACGGCUACAGCUCCUCGGAGAAGCUGUCCUCUCCGAACCUCACCUCUGUGGUGGAAAUGGUGCCCGGGGAGUGCGCGCUGGUCAUCAGUGGGCACAGUCUGGCCCACGCGCUGGAGGCAGACAUGGAGCUGGAGUUCCUGGAGACGGCGUGCGCCUGUCGGGCGGUCAUCUGUUGCCGGGUCACCCCCCUGCAGAAGGCCCAGGUGGUGGAGCUGGUGAAGAAGUACAAGAAGGCCGUCACCCUGGCCAUCGGCGACGGCGCCAAUGACGUCAGCAUGAUAAAGGCGGCACACAUUGGAGUGGGAAUCAGCGGGCAGGAAGGGAUUCAGGCCGUCCUCGCCUCCGACUACUCCUUCUCCCAGUUCAAGUUCCUACAGCGGCUGCUGCUGGUGCACGGGCGCUGGUCCUACCUGCGGAUGUGCAAGUUCCUCUGCUACUUCUUCUAUAAGAACUUCGCCUUCACCAUGGUCCACUUCUGGUUCGGCUUCUUCUGUGGCUUCUCAGCGCAGACGGUCUACGAUCAGUAUUUCAUCACCCUGUACAACAUCGUCUACACAUCCCUCCCCGUGCUGGCCAUGGGAGUGUUCGAUCAGGACGUCCCGGAACAGAGGAGCCUACAGUACCCGAAACUGUACGAGCCGGGACAGCUGAACCUGCUCUUCAACAAGAGGGAGUUUUUCAUCUGCAUAGCGCAGGGGAUUUACACCUCCACUGUCCUGUUCUUCAUUCCCUACGGGACCUUCGCCGACUGCACCCGCAGUGACGGCACGCACAUGGCUGACUACCAGUCCUUCGCCGUCACCGUGGCAACCUCCCUGGUGAUUGUGGUGAGCGUGCAGAUCGGACUGGACACUGGAUACUGGACUGCAAUCAACCACUUCUUCAUCUGGGGGAGCCUGGCUAUUUACUUCGUCAUCCUGUUCGCUAUGCAGAGUGCCGGCCUCUUUGAGAUAUUUCCCAACCAGUUUCCGUUUGUAGCCAACGCCAACAACACGCUGGGGCAGCCGGCCGUGUGGCUCACCAUCGCCCUGAGCACCGUCAUCUGCAUCAUGCCCGUCAUCGCCUUCCGCUUCCUCAAGCUUGACCUGCAGCCCCGGCUGGCAGACACGGUCCGGUACACCCAGCUGGUCCGGAAGAAGCCGAAGCCGUCUCACCGCUCCCUCCGGCGGGUGGGCCGUGGGGGAUCCCGGCGCUCCGGCUACGCCUUCUCACACCAGGAGGGCUUCGGCGAGCUCAUCACCUCGGGCAAGAACAUGCGGCUGUCGGGGCUGGCCCCCAGCUGGAUCGACACCCUGCGCAGGCGGAGGUCCGAGCUGGCCGGGACCCCCAGCCCCGUGUCUGCCGAGGAACCCCCCCUGCCCCGGGGCAAGGAGGCCACAGUGUAGGGGCUGGGGGAUGGGACAUCCGAAGGGGGGGACCUUCACCCCCUCGGGGUGAGG